CGUGUGGUCACAGUUCCCGCCAUCAGCCGCUCUCCCUGACUGGGAGGGAGCGAGCGGCCCCACUCCUUGGUGCCCGGUGUCCAUUCCUUCGUUACCCCGGGCUCCUCCCCCUCCGCGCGGACUCCGUGCUUCCGGCGGGCCUGUCCGGGGCUCCGGACUCGCAGGCACAGCUGAGUUGAUGGCUUCCGGAGAACUGGCAUAGCUGCAGAAUAUGAGUAGUUCCCCAAGAAGAGUGCAUUGCCUUUGGCACAAGGAUCAGAAUAAAGGUGAAUUGUUAUUACAUAGGGUUUUUCAGUAAAAGUCACUGAAAAAAUCUGUAAGGUGAAGGUGUAUUUUUGCUUUUUAAUUUGGCUAGAAGCAAUUUAUUUUUAAAGAAAGUAUGUCUCCUCUGAAGAUACAUGGUCCUAUCAGAAUUCGAAGUAUGCAGACUGGGAUUACAAAAUGGAAAGAAGGAUCCUUUGAAAUUGUGGAAAAAGAGAAUAAAGUCAGCCUAGUAGUUCACUACAAUACUGGAGGAAUUCCAAGGAUAUUUCAGCUAAGUCAUAACAUUAAAAAUGUGGUGCUUCGACCCAGUGGAGCAAAACAAAGCCGCCUAAUGUUAACUCUACAAGAUAACAGCUUCUUGUCUAUUGACAAAGUACCAAGUAAGGAUGCAGAGGAAAUGAGAUUGUUUUUAGAUGCAGUCCAUCAAAACAGACUUAAUGCAGCCAUGAAACCUUCUCAGGGGUCUGGUAGUUUUGGAGCUAUUCUGGGCAGCAGGACCUCACAGAAGGAAACCAACAGGCAGCUUUCUUACUCAGACAAUCAGGCCUCUUCAAAAAGAGGAAGUUUGGAAACUAAAGAUGAUAUUCCAUUUCGAAAAGUUCUUGGUAAUCCAGGUAGAGGAUCAAUUAAGACUGCAGCAGGAGGUGGAGUAACUGUCACCCGGACGAUUCCCUCUUUGACACCUACGUCAACACCUCUUAGAUCAGGGUUAUUAGAAAAUAGGACUGAAAAGAGGAAAAGAAUGCUAUCAUCUGGCUCGGAGUUGAAUGAAGAUUACCCUAAGGAAAAUGAUUCAUCAUCGAACAACAAGGCUAUGACAGAUCCGUCAAGAAAAUAUUUAACCAGCAGUAGAGAGAAGCAGCUGAGUUUGAAACAGUCAGAAGAAAAUAGGACAUCAGGACUUUUACCUUUGCAGUCAUCAUCCUUUUAUGGCGGCAGAGCUGGAUCUAAGGACUACUCUUCUGGCAGCACUAAUCUAGACAGGACUAAUCUUUCAAGUCAAACCCCCUCUGCCAAAAGAAGUUUGGGAUUUCUUCCUCAACCAGCUCCUCUUUCUGUUAAAAAACUGAGGUAUAACCAGGAUUACACUGGCUGGAACAAACCAAGAGUACCCCUUUCCUCUCACCAACAGCAGCAGCUGCAGGGCUUCUCCAAUUUGGGAAAUACCUGCUAUAUGAAUGCUAUUUUACAGUCUCUAUUUUCACUCCAGUCAUUUGCAAAUGACUUACUUAAGCAAGGUAUCCCAUGGAAGAAAAUUCCACUCAAUGCACUUAUCAGACGCUUUGCACACUUGCUUGUUAAAAAAGAUAUCUGUAAUUCAGAGACGAAAAAAGAUUUACUCAAGAAGGUUAAAAAUGCCAUUUCAGCUACAGCAGAACGAUUCUCUGGUUAUAUGCAGAAUGAUGCUCAUGAAUUUUUAAGUCAGUGCUUAGACCAGCUGAAAGAGGAUAUGGAAAAAUUAAAUAAAACUUGGAAGACUGAACCUGUUCCUGGAGAAGAAAGUUCACCAGAUAUUUCAGCCACUAGAGUAUACACUUGCCCUGUUAUUACUAAUUUGGAGUUUGAGGUUCAGCAUUCCAUCAUCUGUAAAGCAUGUGGAGAGAUUAUUCCCAAAAGAGAACAGUUUAAUGACCUCUCCAUCGACCUUCCUCGAAGGAAAAAGCCACUCCCUCCUCGUUCAAUUCAAGAUUCCCUUGAUCUUUUCUUUAGGGCAGAAGAACUUGAGUAUUCCUGUGAGAAGUGUGGUGGGAAGUGUGCUCUUGUCAGGCACAAGUUCAACAGGCUACCCAGGAUCCUCAUUCUUCAUUUGAAACGGUAUAGCUUCAAUGUCGCUCUAUCGCUGAACAACAAGAUUGGGCAGCAAGUCAUCAUUCCAAGAUACCUGACCCUGUCAUCUCAUUGCACUGAAAAUACAAAACCACCCUUCACCCUUGGUUGGAGUGCACAUAUGGCAAUUUCUAGACCAUUGAAAGCCUCUCAAAUGGUGAAUUCCUGCAUCACCAGCACUUCUACACCUUCAAAGAAUUUCACCCUCAAAUCCAAGAGCUCCGUUGCUUUAUGCCUUGAUUCAGACAGUGAGGAUGAGCUAAAACGCUCUGUGGCCCUUAACCAGAGACUUUGUGAAAUACCAGGCAGUGAACAGCAGCAGGAAGACCUGGAAAAAGAUUCAAAAUCGUGCAAAAUAGAGCCUGAUAAAUCCGAAUUGGAAAACUCAGGAUUUGACGGAAUGAGCGAAGAAGAGCUUCUGGCAGCUGUUUUAGAGAUAAGUAAGAGAGAAGCUUCACCGUCUCUGAGUCAUGAAGAUGAUGAUAAACCAACCAGCAGCCCAGAUACUGGAUUUGCAGAAGAUGAUAUUCAAGAAAUGCCUGAAAAUCCAGACCCUAUGGAAACUGAGAAGCCCAAAAUAGUCACAGAGCCAGAUCCUGCCAGUUUUACUGAGAUCACUAAAGACUGUGAUGAGAAUAAAGAAAACAAAACUCCAGAAGGAUCUCAAGGGGAGGUGGAUUGGCUCCAGCAGUAUGACAUGGAGCGUGAAAGGGAAGAGCAAGAGCUUCAGCAGGCCUUGGCUCAGAGCCUUCAGGAGCAAGAGGCUUGGGAACAAAAAGAAGAUGAUGACCUCAAAAGAGCUACAGAGUUAAGUCUUCAAGAGUUUAACAACUCUUUUCUGGAUUCGUUGGGUUCUGAUGAGGACUCCGGAAAUGAGGAUGUUUUAGAUAUGGAGUACACGGAAGCCGAAGCCGAGGAACUGAAGAGAAAUGCUGAGACAGGAAAUCUUCCUCACUCCUAUCGGCUCAUCAGUGUUGUCAGUCACAUUGGUAGCACUUCUUCUUCAGGUCAUUACAUUAGUGAUGUGUAUGACAUCAAGAAGCAGGCGUGGUUUACUUAUAAUGACCUCGAAGUAUCUAAAAUCCAAGAGGCUUCUGUGCAGAGUGAUCGAGAUCGGAGUGGUUAUAUCUUCUUUUAUAUGCACAAGGAGAUCUUUGAUGAGCUGCUAGAAACAGAAAAGAACUCUCAGGCACUUAGCAUGGAAGUGGGGAAGACCACUCGUCAGGCUUCAUGAGGAACAAACUCCUGGGUUGGCAGUGUGCACUGCGUAUUCUCUUACUGCCGCCCACCUCACCUUUCCUCUGCCUGAGGAGAGUUUGGAACUCUACUUGAUGCGGGAGCAACAAACAGCUCAGGGCCAAACCAAAAGACGAAAAUUGCAAUUAUGCAGAAUGCUCCAUGCUAAUUGUUCUAUGGAAGCUUUGGUCUCACAUCUGUAGCUGGUUAUCCUCUUUUUCUCCUACAAGAGUGGCACUUCUUUUUGUCUUAGGAAUACAUGUUGUAAAUAUAUAUAUAUGUACAUACACACACACACACACACACACACAUAUGUGGAAUGAAUGGAGCCUUAAAGAGUUAGGAUGAGCCGCCAGAGUAUGCCUGCUCAAAAUUUAUAGCACAGCAGUUUGGAGAAGAAAUGAAGUUGUCAGAGUCUGUUCACCUGAGAAAUGCGUGAAGAUGUACAUAUCAGUUGGCAUUUAGCUUUUAUGUUCCUUGAGUAGUUGCACUCCAGUCUGUAAUCUUCAUAUGUGUGUCUUAUUAGUAAAGGUCACUGGAAGGCGAGCUCUCCAUGUUACACUAUGACAGUUUGUCCUCCCUGCAGAGGCGGGGCAUUUCUGCCACCUGACUUGAGGAGCUUUUUUUAAAAAAAAUUAUUUCAUGAAUUUGUAAUGCUUUUGCUGUUUACAUGCAGUCCCAGGAAAUGGAUUGUUGGUGCUUUGGAAUGUGUUAUGGUCCCACAUUUGGUAGUCACUGUAUACUUUGUACUUUCUUUAAAGAGAUUCCUUUCUACAAUAUGUUCAUUGUAUAUCAUCUAUAUUAUUUUGGAGGUGAAGAUAGAAUCUUUUAUUUUUCUUCUCUAUCAUUCUUCCAUGGAGCAAGCAUAAAUCUAACAGAUUACAGCCAAAACUCAAGACGUAGGAGAAUAAUAUUGUCCCAGUUGGGACUCCCCAGCAAGGAUACUUAGGGAUGAGGAAGAAGGCUAGCACCUCUGUCUCUCACACACAGAGAGGUCAAGAGGAGUAUUCUUGUGGAAAACCCUGGACCACUAACGCUAAAAGCCCUACUGCGUGUGAAAUUAAGUACAUGAGCUAUAGGAUAAAGCUUGAACAUUUAACCAUUUGCUGUCUGGCUUUGCCCUUAAAACAGGGUGGGAAUUAAAGUGUGAUUGGUUUAGGUAAUCUCAAGAACUAACAAAUAACAAAGGUGCAUCAUAUAUCUAUAUUCCUUUUUAGGUGCUUUGAGUUGAGGCUAAAUGGGGGUGCUACGUUAGUCACUGAGCUGACAUAACCAGCUUGUGAAACCAUGUAAAGAAUGAGUUUGAGAGUAGAAGUCAGUCCACAAAAUAAUUUUGUGAGCCCAGGAAUCAUUAGGAUCACACGGAGUUAAUUAAUUAUAGCAAAAUGAAACCUUCAACAUUUUCUUUCAUUUUUUUGUCUUGCUUUUAUUAUACACAAGGAGAUUACUCUUUAGUUCUGGGCUGGGGGCAAAACCACAUGAGGUUUUCAAGGGGAGAAAACGUUUUCAAGUCCAUCGUCACAAAAGAUGCAACAUCUUUUCUGGAAGGUUGCCUUAAGAGAACUCAGGCCCCACUCUUGGAACUUGGAUGUGUUCUGACAUAGUAACCUAUUCUAAAAUUUUGAAUCUUUGAAUCCUAAAUGGCCUGAGCACUUUUGCUUAACUACUGAUAAAAGCUUUGCCUCCUUCUGUUUACCUGCAUAUUACUAUAGCGAACGUUCCACACUGCACAGUAGUAGGAUAUGAAGGAGUAGUGUAGAGCAGAGGAAAAUAUUUGUUUUAAAAACUAGCCUUUUUUUUUUUUUUUGCUUGAAAAUAACUGGUUUUCUCAUAAAUGAGUGAAGUGAUCAAAAUUCUUUAGCUAUUUAUUCUCUUCCCUGUGUCUGUAUUUGAGAGCUUUGAGAGGCACUGGUAAAAAUGAUUGAGAAUGAUUUUAAGUGAGGGGUGCAUUAGGGCAUUAAAAGAACAGAAAUAAUGCCGGAAGCCUAGAUUGCUCAUGAAGUACCCUCAUUUGGUUUGCUUUUUGUAGCUUGUGUGUGUGUAUGGCUCAGAAGUACACUAGCUUCAGAAACCUAGUUUGAUUUGAUCUUCACGUGUUGAGCAGGACUUGUUAGAUGAAAAUAGGUUACUGGGGCAGGUGAGUUAUCUCACUGCUCAUAUACUUUCAAGUUUGGGACUUGAACUUUUCCUGGAUAUCUGUCCACUGUUGUGGCCUGGUCAGCCUUCCUCUCUCCUUACCUGCUUUCACUAUUUACCCCUUUCACUACAAAGUUACUUUCUCAUUUUGGUUCAGUGAAGGGUUAAUGACUACAGAUGGAGAUUUCAGCUGGACGAUGUUGAUGGGGUUUGUUGUUUUUUUGAGCUGACUGUAUAUAUUUGAAAAUUAUAAGUAGGUAAUAUAUUAUUUUUUGCGCAUAUGAUCAGUUUGCUGAGAAUCAGGGGAUGGGGCAUUUGGCAUGUUGGGGCCAGGAAGGGACAAGUUAGAUAGGGACAGAAAGCUUCAGUCCCAAGUAGCCUGCACAAUAACUAAACUUCCAAUUGCGAAUACCAAAUGUGGUUAUAUUACUUUAAAUGACGUGGAAUUGGAACUUGACAGCACUUAGUUCUGCGCACAACUGAUCUUAAUUGGAAUUUUUUGGAAGGGAAGACUAAACUAAAAUUCAAACUUGUUGAUUCUUAUCACCUAAUACUAUUAUGAAGAAUUGGAAAGUUGCAUAUGGCUGGAUGCUGUUAUCACUUUAGUAGCCAUGACUAUAAUUUAGGCCUACGAGGAGAGAGAUUCUGUUCAUAGGGAAUAUAUUCAUGUGUGUGCGCACACUCAUAAGUUUUGUCUCAGCAGGAUAGAAUAAGAAGCAAAUCUAUGAAUUGUUCUGUUUGUAUUUUGAUUCCAAAAGCUAUUUGUUUACUUGCUGUGGUCUGUUAAUUUCAGGCCUAACUUAAUGGCUCAAUAACAAAUGUAACAAAUGUACAAGUGUUUACAUUUUAAGAAGUAUACAAUGAUACUUCAAGAUCAGUUAAUUAACUCUGGGAGACAAAUAUUAGAGUACACAUUUCCUUAUUUCCCUUCUUGUCAAGUGAAAAAUUCUUCAAAAAGAGAAGCUUUAAGAAUUAAAACCUCAGUAAGUGAAUUGAUGAAUUUACUUAUUCUUCCACACUGCAGUUACCGUCGUGUAACUAGAUAAACAUCGCUGUACACGUAGACAGCUACAGAUAGAUUUCUAUAAUGAAAAGUAUUUGGAAACACCUAAAUUAAAGAGAUUGUUGGCAGUGUCUCAUAUAUAGUUAAGUUUUAUGAGUAUAAAGAAAGCAUGGGGGAGUGGAAACAUACAGAAAAAAGGUAGUUUUUAAACUCAUCUGUGAUCCACUGAAAAGAGAUUAUAUGAAGACAAAAAUAUUACCUUUCUCCCUCUUUCUUCUCUGUCCUCUGAGAUGACCACAGUGAUGCUCUAGUCAUCCAGCCUUUGUUUUGCCCUGUUUGAUUUAAUCGACCCCCUUAGGUGGUCUUUUGUUUUAAAUCAGGGAAACAGAGCUAGAUCUCCAAGGACGCAUGGAUCUUGUAUAUAUAUGGAGAUUUUUAGGAAAAUCACCAAUAACCCAGUACCAGAUGCAAGUCACAUUAAAAUGUCCCCCAAAAACAGAUAUGUCCUUUUCCUCCUCCUCAUCUUGCUUUACACUGAGUAAUGCUCUUUUUAAGUCUGACAAAAACUAAACAGAUUUCUGCCCUCUCACGUCUAAUGCAUUACUUCAAAAUUCUAAUUUUGUUUCUAUUGAUAUGUCUUAUUAACAUCUGAAAAUAUUUUUUUUUUAUUGGAAAACUAUAGUUUGUUAGGCCUGAGAGUUUUGUGCCAGAAUUAUUCUGCUGUGUCUCACCACAGUCAUGGACUCCUUUACUGCAUGCUUUGAGCACUAGACUUCAGGCAGUCUCUUUUGUUGUCUCCUAUUUACACACUACUAGUAAAUUUUCCUUUUCAUGUGUGCUAUGUGUCUGAGGUUUUGAAGUUUUUAAUAAAAAGUGUGCCAGUAUGGAUAUAAGCAGUUGAUUUCAGUAACAUUGGACUUUUCUUAAAGUACAGAGGUUUGAAGCAUAGGCAUGUCCACUGGCUUAAGAAUAGAAGGGAUGAGGGUCUGGAUGAGGACCCAAGUUUGUUAGGUCAAAUGCCAAAACAGAGAACUUGGAGCAGUCGGCUGAACUGGUCUAUUUCAGAGCAGAGGGAGUGUGAAGGGUGAGACUGUGAGUGGUGGCAGACGCCUCUCGCAGCCCCAGGGUUCCCUCCCCUGAGCUUUUCCUUCCCUCCCCGACUUCUCUGGCCCAUUGUCCAUGUUGUUUAUUUAUGCUCCAGAGAGGGAAACAGAAAUAAGCUUCCUACACUUUGCCUGAUUGAGCCACUACCAGGGUUACUGGCAGCUUUGGCCACGUUAUUUGUGAGGUGAUUUUCUUUCUUUGUGUUCAGAGUGACUUUUGAUUCUGAUUCUUUGCGUCGUUUUGUAUGGAGCGGCACUUUAUCUGUGUUUUAGCAGAACUGUUCCUCUGUAUCUCUGACGGUUUUUCCUUGUUUUUGUUUCCUUUUUAAAUUAUGCAUAGAGUUUUUUUGUGUGUGAAAUUAAAGCCUUUAUUAACCUUG